AUGGCUGGAAUCAAGCAGAGACUUUCACCUGCGAAUCAACGACUUGAGAGAUCACGACCAGAGAGAUCAAAGUUUACUUCACCUCCACUAUCAUGGAACAACAACCCUAGGACUAGACGACUUGGUGUUGCACCAGCACCACAAGCUGCAUCACUUCAAACAGAGUCUACACCGUCGGGAACACUUAGUCGUUUGGUCCCAGGCGAAACCCAUCAAAGAAGUCAAGCUCAAGAGGAAUCUUCCAUCGUAUCUUCAGCACUCAGACUCCAGAUCCCACCACAGAGGCCAUCUUCCAUCGAAACCCAAGAUACAAAAUCCACCCCUUCAUCAGGCACAUCCACCCGUUCCGAAUCUCUCAUCCAGACAGAGACAUUCAGCCCCAUAGCCUUCGCUCAAAUCCCCGCGCAUUACGACAUGCGACGAACUUCCAUUCCGACACCUCGCGUUUCCACAACCCAGCCGCGAGUCCAAGCACGCGAACAACACGAGACUAUCGACCGAAUGUCUCAACGCACUCCAGAAAAUCAAGAAGAACUUAAACGUCAAAAUCUCGAAAGCAAGCGAAUGCGUGAGUUGCAACAACGCAAUGUCCAACCCGAACAGAGAUCGCACUCUGAAAAUGGGCCGCCACGACAUGUCAAUGAUGUAGAAUUCAAAAGCGUACGACCCAAGCGUAGCUUGAGAUUGCUUCCGAGUCUUCCAUCGUUUGGUUCAUUGCGGUUUGAUGUUUGA